AUGGCCGCUGCAGAAGUUAGCGGUGAUGGAGAAAAAUAUUCUUAUGAUACCAGCAGUCUUUUAUCUUUAACUACAGGUGUUAAGUACGAGGACCCCCGUUUUUAUUUAAAUUUGGUUAAGAAGAAAGAAUUACCAUCGGAACGUCCUUCAAUACCAUCGACAAAACUUGAGAGGCUCACAUUCUACAGAGGGUAUACGGCCACGCAAUCUAAAACGGAGAUAGUUGCAUCUCAUCAUGUUGAAUUGAAUAGCCAAUGGGGAAUCAAUUGUGUCGAUAUAUGCAUCUUUGUGUACCUGAUAGUGUCUCAUUACCAAGUGACGAACAAAGAAGAUUUUCACAGAACUUCAUACAAAGAAGCUGAUUUUAAAUAUGACUCUUCAUUUAUGAUUAAUCCAGCACAAGACAGCACCGCAAUGGUGAUAUCGAACGCAUUGAUGUAUCUGUUCAGAGGCUUGCUAAGUGUAAAAGUGAAAAUCCACUGUGAGGAUUUGAUUCAUACGACGAUGCCGCCUUUGUCUUUCAAUGAACACAAUUGGUUCUACCAAUGGCCGAUGCUAUUUCAACAAUUCUUCUUGGGCGACAUAUUUAGUGUUGUUUACACCGUGUUCGGGUUGGUUACGGAACUAUGUAUUGUUACUCGAGCUAUUCUAUGGGUUUACGCAAAAGGUAUAGCAACUUGGGGUGAGAUUGUAUUCCUAUACUUGUGGUACCCAAUAGGAAGACUUAUAGACGAUUUCACCUUCCACUACGGAACCCCUCCUACGCAACUGAGAAUUUUAAGCAUUCGGCUUGUGCCUUUUUAUUACAUGAAUUGGAACUUCAUUAUGCGUCCAAUAGCGAAAUGGGGACCACGUGAUUUUUCCGUUAGACAAUUAAGAAAGCAGUUCGAUUCGAGAUAUAAAAAGAAAAGGAUGUGA